GUCUGCGUAAAACACCAAAAUUAAGAAGCAAGGACCUUUGUAUUUCUUUAAAAUUAAUUUUUUUGCAAUGGACGUCGCCGGAGCAGACAGUGACUGGAGGAGCCCCCAGUUCAGGCAAAAAGUUGUUGCUCAAAUUGAAGAUGCUAUGAGAAAGGCGGGCACCGCACACACCAAGUCCAGCAACGACAUGGAGAAUCACGUUUAUGUCAAAGCAAAAUCAAGAGAGGAAUAUUUGUCUUUGGUUGCGAGAUUAAUUAUACACUUCAGAGAUAUUCACAAGAAGGCACAUGGGGCUCCAGAUCCCAUGAAUGCCCUGACUAACCUGACAGGGGUUGGAGGGGGCCCAGGUGGCAUUGGCAUGGGGCCUCGCCCCACCGGUCCGCCGAUGGGUGGCAUGGGGCCAAUGGGGCAGAUGCAGAUAGGCCAGCAUGCCAUGGCAGGUGUGGCUGGAAACCCACAAGCCAUAGGAGGUCCAGGCCAAAUGCAGAUGCAGCAGAUUGUUCAGGCGCAGCAGCAACAGUCUAUCCAGUUCCAGCAGUUCCAGCAGGCCCAACAGCAGCAGCAGCAACAGCAGCAGCAGCAGCAGCAGCAGCAGCAGCAGCAGCAGCAGCAGCAGCAGCAGCAGCAGAAUGUUGCUAUGCAGCAGGCCCAGCAACAGCAGAAUGUUGCUAUGCAGCAGGCCCAGCAACAGCAAAGUGUUGCUAUGCAACAGCAACAGCAGCAGCAGCAACAGCAGCAGAAUGCCGCCAUGCAGCAGCAGUUCCAGGUCCAGCAGCAUCUGAAGCUGCAGCAGCUGCAACAGCAGCACCACCAGAACCAGCAACAGCAAGCCCAGAACCAGCAACAGCAGAACCAAAUACACUCUCCAUUCUCCACCCUGCGUCCUCAGAUGCACCCGUCAAGACUCCAACAGCAACAGCAGAUAGUUCAGCUCCAGCUCCAGCAGCAGCACGCCCAGGCUCAAGCUCAGGCCCAGGCCCAGGCCCAGGCCCAAGCUCAAGCUCAGGCCCAGGCCCAAGCUCAGGCCCAAGCACAGGCCCAGGCCCAGGCCCAGUCCAUCCAGCACAUGGUCCAGCAGCAGCAGGUCCAGGCUCAGUCUCAACCCCAGACUGGCCAGCUUCCCCCCCACUCCCAGCAGCAACAGCAGCAACCUGGCAUGGCCCCCCAGUCCCUGGCUGGCCAGAUGCCCCCUGCUCAGCACGUAUCUAUCAGCUCCCUUAACCAACAGCAGCAACAGCACCUCAAGAUACAAGCCCUGCAGGCCAGAGCAGCCUUGCAGCAACAGCAGCAACAACAGCAACAGCAGCAGCAGCAGCAGCAGCAGCAUCAGGCCCAGCAGGCAGCAGCACAGGCCCAGCUUGCUGCAGCUGCAGCCGGACCUGGCCCGAUGAUGAUCCGCCCCGGGAUGCAAAUUCCAACCCGGUUGACCCGCCCCGCCCCGAACCCUGCCAUACCACCUUCAAACCCUGCUGCAAUGGGAGGACAGCAGAUGCCACAGGUUCAACAACAUCAGAUGAUGUCAUCGCCCUCCCCAGUGCAGGUGCAGACACCUCAGUCCAUGCCUCCCCCUCCACAGCCAUCACCCCAGCCCCCCACCUCACAGCCCAACUCAGCCAGUUCGGGUCCCACCCCUUCACCAGGGGGGUUCCAGCCCAGCCCAUCCCCCCAGCCAUCUCAGAGCCCGGCCACAGCACGCACUCCUCAGAAUUAUGGCGUCCCCUCCCCCGGACCCCUCAACACCCCAGGAAACCCCAGUUCUGUGAUGAGUCCGGCAGGUGCCACAUCUCUGGAGGACCAGCAGUACAUGGAGAAACUCAAACAACUCUCCAAGUACAUUGAACCUCUACGCAGGAUGAUAAACAAAAUAGACAAAAAUGAAGACAGGAAGAAGGACCUCAGCAAGAUGAAGAGUUUACUGAACAUCCUCACAGACCCUAACACAAGAUGUCCUCUGAAGACCCUGCAGAAGUGUGAGAUAGCACUGGAGAAAUUGAAGAACGACAUGGCAGUGCCUACUCCACCUCCUCCGCCAGUGGCCACCAAGCAACAGUACCUGUGUCAGCCUCUUCUGGAUGCAGUCAUGGCUAACAUCCGCUCCCCAGUGUUCAACCACUCCCUCCACCGCACUUUUGCCCCUGCUAUGACUGCCAUCCACGGACCACCCAUCAUGGGUCCCAGUAUCGCUGGCAGGAAGAGGAAACAGGAGGAUGAUGAACGGCAGACCAUUCCCAACAUCCUGCAGGGUGAGGUGGCUCGCCUUGAUGUCAAGUUUCUGGUUAACCUGGAUCCCUCCUACUGCAGCAACAAUGGCACCGUUCACCUCGUCUGUAAACUAGAUGAUAAGAACCUACCUAGUGUCCCUCCCCUCCAGCUGAGUGUCCCUGCAGACUACCCAGACCAAAGCCCCCAUUGGGCUGAUGAUGGAGAACACUAUGGUGCCAACACCUUCCUGCAGACUGUUCACAAGAACAUGACCUCCAAGCUGCUCCAGCUCCCUGACAAGCAUUCAGUAACUGAACUGCUCAACACCUGGGCCCAAAGUGUCCGACAGGCCUGCCUCUCUGCAGCAUGAGCAGCACAAGAACUGUGCGCCUCACCAAAGAUGGACCCAAACAGAAACCCUGCAGGAAAAAAAGUCAGUGAGCAAGGAAGGGGUUUGGUUUUCUUGCUCAAGGACACCUCUGGACAUUAUGGCUAGUGCAGGGAUCUUGCCUAACCCUCAUCAUCAUUCCGACAUUGUUAGAAAGGAACUAGACCUCACCUUUGAAGCGCUAGGCAUUUUUAGCAAUACCACAAUCAAUUAUAAUCAACCACAAAAUCGUUCCUUUCUUUUGUUCAUUUCAGAUUGCUGUAGCUUUUCAUCUCCAGUUAAGGCUUGGGUUUGGCAGGCAGUUUGUGGGAAGGCAAGGUAUACAUUUUUAACAUUCAGUUUCCCUAUCCAUAUCAGAAUUCCCUGGCUACUAUGUUUUAACUGACAACUAGAGUUUUAGAAUAGAAUGUGAACUCUAACUCAUGAUUGACUGCCUUCUAAAGUCACUGGUACAGCAGAUAAGCUAGCCGGUAACAGCCUAAAUUUGCUAGGAUUUUGGCUAGUUGACUGUAUUAACUUAUUAGUGUUUUCCAGGGAGGUUGAAGUCAUCUUAUUUAGGUAAAACGUGAGCUGCAGCUUUGUAUGAAAGCCCAUAACAAAGCUUCAGAGGGUGAACCAGUCAAUGAAAGAGUGAGACAGGAAUGUAGAUAACACGUUGUGUGUAUCAUUUUGUCUCAGUUUAAUGAAAUGAUGCAGUGUAAACUGGUAAAUGUUUUAUGAGUAAUCCAUUUCUAUUUGCCUUUAUUAGAUUUAAUUUCUCUAUUCGAUGGAAUUUUGGUGGGAGAUGAAAGCGGAUAAGAGGUCUAUAAAAGUCAUUUCAAUUUUGCUACCACAAGAGAGUGUUUAUGGCAGACUACAUUUAGAUCUGCCAAGAAGAUGCUGAGGGGGGGAAGGCUUUGACGUGUAUAUAUACUGUCUUUUGAUAUCAUAAAUAAAUACUUUUCUGUCAG